AUGUCGUCCCCACAUCCUCUUCGUAUCCCACGAAGGUUUCCCAGGGCCGCGCUCUUGGCUGCUGAUAAUAGUGUGCUGACUUCUUCGAGUUAGUGGGCUCCACUCCUCGCAGCUACGCCGCCACGAGUCGCCCUUGGAGGUGCGUCUAUGGCAUUGUGUAUUAUAAGUACAUCGGGUUCCUUCUUUCUCCCUACGCUCUUUACUCGUCUUGCUCGUCUUUGCACGCAUAGCGACCGUCACUCGUUUAUUCCCAUCGACUAAUUCUAAUUGACGUUACUGUCAACCACACUCGCUUUCGCUUUUACAACCGCAGUCGACUACACAUAUUAUACUAGUGCUGUAAAUAUUAAUCUGCCAAGAUGCGUUUCUCCCAAGUCGCUGCUGCCUCCUUGGUAGCACCGCUCGUCGCUGCUCAUGGCAUGGAGGGUAUGCCAAGGAUCAUUGGUCUACCCAGGCAAUUGAGGGCCAGCAACCCUCUUGCUGGUUACUCAGGUGGUCAUGCUGCUCAGGCAGGACCCGUAAUCCGUCCCCGUCAGUCUACCGACGGACGUUGUGGUCCGGAUGGCGGCAACCAGAAGUGUGCGGACAACGAGUGCUGCUCAAGCGCCGGAUACUGCGGUACUACUCAGGAGCACUGCCAAGCGCCCGACUGCUUGUUCAACUUUGGACCUGCAUGUGACGCCAAUAAGACUCCUGCUGGAGCAAGCACCCGGAACGACCCCCGCCCGCAGCUUGGAAGCAUUCCCUACGGCGGUGGAGGCAUCUACGUCUGCAACAAUCCUGGAACCGUUGCAAUCACCUACGACGAUGGUCCCUACAUCUAUACCGAGGGUGUUAUGAAGCAGUUCGAGGCACGAGGAGCCCACGCCACCUUCUUCAUCACUGGUAACAACAUCGGCAAGGGCGCCAUUGACGAAAACUGGGCGGACGUCAUCAAGAAGAUGUAUGACAAUGGCCAUCAGGUCGCCUCUCACACAUGGUCCCACCAGGAUCUCAGCAAAAUCACCAAAGAGGAGGCUUACGACCAAAUGGUCAAGAACGAGAUGGCUAUUCGCAACAUCAUCGGUAAAUACCCUACCUACAUGCGCCCACCGUACUCUUCUUGCACUGGAAGCUGCCAGGAAGUCAUGGCCGAUCUUGGUUACGUCGUGUCUUACUUCGACCUCGAUACCGAUGACUACAACCAGUUGACUCCCGAGAAGAUCCAGGUCGCCAAGGACAACUUCAAGGAGGGCAUUGAUACCCGUAACUCCGGAGACCCAUACGACGGUGACAGGCUUGUCAUCGGCCAUGACAUCCACCAAUUGACUGCCGAGAACCUCACUGUAUACAUGCUCGACUAUCUUUACGCUCAGGGCCUCAGGGCCGUCACUAUGGGUGAGUGCAUGCAGGACCCCAAGGAGAACUGGUACCGCGACUCUACCCCCGCUCCUCCCAGCACCUCAUCUACCCGUACCUCUUCUUCUGCUGUCCCCACUCCUACUGGCCCCACCUCCAAAGACGGUAUGUGCGGAGCUGCUGGUGGUGACCAAUCCUGCGUUGGCUGGGUUGGUGUCGAUGGUCUCCUCGGCGAGUGCUGCUCUCAAUACGGCUACUGUGGCAACACUGCCGACCACUGCCAAACUGGCUGCCAAGCUGGUUUCGGAAAGUGCGGUGCCCAGCCCAGUGCUUCUCCCUCCGCCUCUGCUACCGUCUCUGCCAGCGUCACUGGCCCCGUUCCUACCCCUACCGGCCCCACCACUACCGACGGAUCUUGCGGUGCGGCAAACGGUGGCAUGACUUGCAUUGGCUUCAACGGUCCCGCUGGCCUAAGCGAGUGCUGCUCCCAGU